GUGGCGCUGUUUCGCAGUUUCUGUCGAACUCGCCAUUCCAUGUAAUAAAGAGAACGGGAAAAUGGGGGAAGCAGAGGCUGUUCAAACAGACGAAAAACAGGCAGAUCUGGGACUCAGCCCAACCGAAGAGUCGGUUAUUUGGAGCCAAGAAGUGGAGGUGUGCCUUUUCCAUGCUAUGCUGGGCCACAAACCUGUUGGAGUAAAUCGUCACUUUCACAUGAUUUGCAUUCGUGAUAAAUUCAGCCAGAAUAUCGGCAGACAAGUGUCAUCAAAAGUCAUAUGGGACCACCUAGGAACAAUGUAUGAUAUGCAAGCCCUGCAUGAAUCAGAAAUUUUGCCGUUUCCCAACUCUGAAAAGAGUUUUGUUCUGCCUGAGGAAAUUAUACAAGAAGUGAAAGAAGGGAAGCUGGUGACAGAUGACGAAGUGAAAGAAGAAAUCAAAGAAGAGAGAGAUCCACCUGCGACACACGAAGAAGGCAGCAAUUCCUCUGUGAAGAUGACCGAAAAAGCCAGCAGCAAAGACAAGGAGAAAGACAGAGAGAGGGCUUCAAGUGAGAGCGGGUCAGACAAGAGGAAGAGGAACCGUGUGACUGAGAAAGUGCUCCUCUCCAACAGUAACCCCUCCAGCCCGGGUGGGUCCAAGCGCCGCAGGACGUAGCCAGCAGGGGUCACCGUCGAGCUGCCACCGUGGUCAGUCGUGACGCAGCGGGAAGACCGCGCUCUCAGUGCAGAUCUGUGAGGCCAGGAGCGUGGAGACGACAUGCGACAACGCACCAAAAAGGGGAUGCAAAGAAUCAUGAGAGGAGUUGAUUUUACAAUGCUAAGAGCGUACAGGCGUUUUUAAGAUUAGAUUAGAUCGUGGGGAAGAAAGAAGCCUUAAACCCAGACAAAAAGUUGGUCCCGCACAGUCCAAGGCAACCACUGUCGUUAGUUUGAAUUGGUUAAUGGUAAGGUUUGUGUACUUGGUGAGAUUUUACAUCACACUGUGAAAGGUUUGUAGGUAAUUCUGCUGACAUGUAGCAUUGUCUGUGGCCUAGAUGUCACUGAACAGACUUUUGAAUUAAAAACAAUGGCCCGGAGUCACACGUGCUGUUUGGAUAGAUGGAAGAACUUCUCCCUCAUGCACAACCCGACAGUGAUAAUAACUGAAAGAAAUUUGUUUUAGUUGUUGUGGCGCUAGGUUCAGUUCAUUGCAAAUAUCCAACCUUUUUCCUGGAGAAAUGUGAGUUGACAUUUUUCACGGUGUUUGCUGGAAGACCAUACUGUCACAGUAUUGUUCCCUUUGAGCCUAACAUUGACAAGUAAUUGUACUGAAUGUGUGCUUAUCAUUUUCCAGCAAUGCAGAACCAGGAGCUGGACUUUGAAGUUUUUCCUUAGAAAUCAUGGUAUCACUUUACUUGAACCUGGGCAAGACAAAAUACUUGCCAUAAUCAUUCAUGACUGUUUAUGACAAAUACUUUGACACCUCACCUAUGUUGCAUACUAAAUAUACAAUAUACAUAGCACAUGUAUUGCAUACUAUCCAUAAAUAUGCAUACAUGCACAUAUAACUGUAAAUAUAUCCGUUUGCAGCAGGCUUCAUUGUCAAAGAAUUUGCCAUAAACUCAUAGGUGAAUGAAUGAUAGGUGAAUGACUGACAAUUACUGGUGUUGUGUUUUCAACAUCAUUAUGGUUUUUAAGGAGGGUUCCAUUAAAGGUACAGAAAUCCAGGCAGCUCCGGGUUUUUUUUGCCUUGAUGAUAUGAGAAUCCUGUAGUGUAUGACAGCCAUGGACACUUUUUUCCAUUCAGUGCUAUUACAGUGCUGACUGCUUGAUUGCUGAUUAUACCCUGUAGCCAGUGCACUCUGUAGCCAGUAAAUCUGAAGCAUUUUUUUCCACACACAGCCUAAAUUUCAUUGUGUCCAUUCCUAUAAUGAAAAGCAUGUGAGAUUGAUGGUGCAUGUUGUAAUGUUGAUUUUACUGUUUUUUGUCUCAUUUAUCAAUUUAUGUCUGUCAGUGGUCCCCAGUUGAAUACAGUGGAGGACCUGUCUGGCUAAGUGGCCAUCAACAAAAUUCAGGAAUAAUUGCACUCAUUCUUUUUUAUUGGCUUUUGUAUUUUGUC